CGCACGAUGUCGAGCUCGGCGGUCAGCGUCAAGUUCCGUUGGGGUCUCUCGGCCUCAGACCCUGAGGAACAACCCACCCUCAUAGUGGGUCAGGUGGCCCACCUCAACGCUCUGACAUGGCAUGAUGUGCGGGGCAAGCUUGAACCACGAGUUACUGAAGAGGCCUGGAAACGCGGCCUCUCCUGCGUGUCCACGUCUCCCGGCGAGUGCGUGGAGCUGUGGCCCCGCGGCGCCGGCCUCGCGUCGUUGCCAGCUCGCCGCUCGCGUCAUGCCGCUCCGUCUCGCUCGCACGCCCUCGCUAAACUAGUGCGCUCGUGGCAUAGGACGCAGAGAGAACAUGAAUAUAUCGUCCUGAUCUGCCGCAAACGUGACGUAUACGCGAGCGCGAUGGCGAUCGCCCGCUGCUACCCGCAGUACAAUGCGCGCUCCGGCCCCGCGCUGCUCGGCGCCGCCGCCGACACGCCGCAAGCUAGGACUGUCUAUGUGGAGAUACAGCUCGCCAGUGACGACCAGAGAGGCGAACUGGAAGACGAAGGCGUAGGGCCGCUAGAUCCCUCCCUGCUAGACAGCACGUUGUCCACUGAAGAGCUGGCUGCCAUCCAAGCGGCUGCGGACUCCACCCGCCUCGCUGCCAAGAUCGCUGACACACCUUGCAACAUCAUGAAUGUCGACAAGUUUAUUGAGGAAGCCUGCCGCGUGGCCAAAGAGCUCGACCUCCCUGAACCCACCAUCAUCCGCGGCGAGGAACUCAAAGCGCGCGGCAUGGGCGGCCUCUACGGUGUCGGACGCGCCGCCAACUGCCCGCCGGCACUAGUGGCGUUGUCCUACAACGUGCCCGGAGUUGAUAAGAGUGUGGCCUGGGUCGGCAAAGGGAUCGUCUAUGACACUGGUGGUCUCAGCAUCAAGGCUAGGACCUCCAUGGUGGGCAUGAAGGGCGACUGCGCGGGCGCGGCGGCCGUGCUGGGAGCGUUCGCCGCCGCCGUGCGCGCCGCGCCCACCGUCAACCUGCACGCCGUGCUCUGUCUCGCUGAGAAUGCUGUCGGCCCUCACGCUACUAGACCUGACGAUAUCCACCAGCUGUAUUCGGGCCGCACGGUCGAAAUCAACAACACAGAUGCCGAAGGUCGUCUGGUGCUGAGUGACGGGGUUGUGUACGCCCACCGGGACUUGAAGGCCGAUACCAUCGUCGACGUGGCCACGCUCACCGGCGCACAGGGCACAGCGACGGGCAAGUACCACGCCGCGAUCGUCUCCAACAACUCUAGUAUCGAGCGGCGCUGCGUGGCGGCCGGCCUGAGAGCGGGAGACUUGGCCCACGCUCUACCCUUCGCACCCGAGCUGCACUUCACCGAGUUCAGCUCGUGCGUCGCCGACAUGAAGAAUAGCGUCGCGGACCGCAGCAACGCGCAGCCAUCCUGCGCCGGGCUGUUCAUCCUGGCGCACCUCGGGUUCGACUUCCCCGGCACGUGGCUGCACGUCGACAUGGCCUCGCCCGCACACGAGGGCGAGCGUGCGACCGGGUACGGCGUGGCGCUGCUCACCGUGCUGUUCGGGUCGCUCACACAAAACAAGCUGCUGAAGGCGCUCUGCCCUCCCGAAUCCUCCUAACACACCUCACACUCACCUACAAUCGCCAUCAGAUAUAAGUAUGAAUUUUCUCAAAUGAUUAUAACGCCUAAGACCCUAAACUGUUAAACAAAAGCCAUUGUUUCUUUCGCGGUCAGCUUCCGUUUUGAGCGCGUGUCAACAGUGGCGUAACUAGGGGGGGGGGCAGAGGGGGCAAGUGCCCCGGGCGCCAUCCAAGGGGGGGCGCCAAAAUGAGCAAAAGGCAGCAGCGGGGAAACUUUUGUCAGUCGUCAGGGGGCGCAAAUUUGGUGACUGCCCCGGGCACCAUAUUCUCUAGCUACGCCCCUGCGUGUCAAAGCAACAUUAAAAAGCUGCUAUAUCGUAUUGAUUUUAAGGUUCAAAUCUAUGUAAUAAUAUUAGCGCUCGCCUUCUUUGAGGCGGUUGAUCGUACUAAAUUACCAAAACAUGUUAGAUGUAUAUUCUAACCUUAAAACCACCGCCAUACAGUUGCUUUUUAGGUUUCCGUACCCAAAGGGUAAUAACGCGACCCUAUUACUAAGACUCCGCUGUCCGUCUGUCACCAGAUUGUAUCUCAUGAACCGUGAUAGCUAGACAGUUGAAAUUUUCACAGAUGAUGUAUUUCUGUUGCCGCUAUAACAACAAAUACUAAAAAGUACUGAACCCUCGGUGGGCGAGUCCGACUCGCACUUGGCCGGUUUUUAAAUGACUUUGUUGCUUUGACGCUUGACAUAUACAGAAGCUAACCGCUCGCACAAAAGAAACAAUGGCUUUUGUUUAACAGAUUAAAUUCUGUUUUUUUUAUUCCGUAGACUACAAUGACAUUUCAUGUGGUACUAAGAAAUGUCAUGUCUUACACAUGAAACGUCAUUUUAGUCUACGGAAUAAAAAAACAGACCUUAGAGUCUUAGGCGUUAAAAUCAUUUGAGAAAAUUCAUACUUAUACAUCGGAGCGGCCAAGGUGCUCACAAAUAUCUGAACACGCCUCUAUUGUCACUGAGUUAGUGUGUGUGUUCAGAUAUUUUUGAGCACCUCAGCCGUUCCGAUAUAUCUGAUGGCGACACAACAUAUCGACAAUAACGGAAGAGGACUCUUCAAGUCUCACCUAUAAUUUUUUUGUUAAUGAAAAAAUUAUAAAUGCAUCGCCUUGACUUCGCUUAGCAGCCGGCUCUGAUAAGUAUAAUAAAUAAUAAUAAUAGACAGUAAUAUUUUCAGCCAAAAUUAGCCUCACAUUUGAGUAUUAAAUAUGUAUUUCUCUAAAAAUACAUAUUUCAGCUGAGUCAUUGACAGUGGUAACUCCAUACAUCAGUUUUCGCGCCUUAUUUCGUAGUCGACAUCUAGCGUCGAGUAGCGGAACUCUCAGUACUGCUACUCGACGCUAGAUGUAGCGGCAAACAGUCUAAUGCUCAACCAUAGAGUAACUUAUACUAGAGCGGUACUGUCAUAGUAAAUUUUGUAACCACAGUAAAUUCACUGCCAUCUGUCGACACACUUUACAACUAAAAAUGAAGAUUUAUAAAAAUACGAUAGAAUGUAUUUAAAUAUAGAUAAAUGAUUUUUUUUAUUUGCAUUAAUUAUUUUUAUGAUUUUGACCCAUGUUCUUUCACUGAUAUGCGUUAAAAUUGUUAAAUAACAAACGAAACCGUCAACGCCAUCUAUACGACUGUAGGCCAAAACUAGUAGCGCCCUCUGAACGAGAAUCAAAUUUUCUUGAUUUUCGAGGCACGUUUUUUCCUUAGACUGUAUCCAUCUAUUACGGAGUUAUAUCUAUCUUUGGCUCAACGAUUUUCAUCUAAUAUUAUAACCAGAGCAGUAGGAGUUGAAACUAGAGUUCCGGUUACUCUGUUUAUAAUAUUAGCUGAAAAUGGGGUUGGCUGGUCGAAAUAAUUAGCAGAUGGCGCCUGUAUAGCUUGCCCUGUCAAUCCCUAGAAUUGUGUCAAAUUUUUGUUUUUUUAAUGCCCAGCCCUUUAAGCCAAAUCUCAUAGAAAAAGGGGCAAGCUAUGAUGGCGCCAUCUCUGCAAACCUUUGACAGUUGCCAACCCCAUUGUUGAGCAUUAGCCUUUUUGUUUGCCGCUACAUCUAUUGUCGAGUACUGAGAAUUCCGCUACUUGGCGCUAGAUGUCGACUACGAAAUAAGGCGCGUUUUGGUAAUAAAACGGAUGUAUGGAGUUACCACUCUUUCUGUACUUAUAUUUCUCUAUGGCCAUUGACAUAUAUCUAAAGACGGGGCUUACGGGCACUAAGAAUGGUGAUAGGUUCAGUGACGUCACUCACGAAUUCGAGCCAAUCGUACAGUCUUACGCAACUAGUUGCGACCAAUCGCACGCGUGAUGCUAACUCAUGAACCAAUCGCGUGGGGUUAGACUGCCUUUAGAUAAAGUAUGAAUUAGCCUCAUGCAUGAAGUUUAUAUUUAAACGAAAUAUGUUUUAUUCGGAUGUUUGUUACCGUUAUAUCAUGUUACAAAUGCAUUUCCGUUUUUAAAUUACCAUUGAAUUACUUAAAAUUAUAAAUAAAAAGUACAAUAAUUUGCCCGCGAAAAGCUAGUGAGCGAAACGCUCGAAACGCCACGUGACGUCACGCGUUCGACAGAUUAGUGUCAUUAGUAGCAAAUGUCAGUUGGGCCGCCCAACGUGUGACGUCAUCACGCUCUGUCGAAUUCGCGCCAAAAAUUAUGAGCGUUUCAACCGCUCAAAAAUUUUCAACAUUUUAAAUAUUUUUUAAUAAAAUAAUGUUAAGGUUUACGAAAGUAUUUUUAUCAUUUCCGGUGUUCCAACGAUAUAAAUUAUGAAUCCAAAAAUAAAAAUAAAUUGAUGCAUGGAGCUAAUUUUCUCAGAUGAAAUUUCGGGCUCGGGCCCUAAUCUGUUAAACAAAGUUUUUUUUUUUUUAAGAGUGGUCCUCAGCACGUGUCAAAGCAACCAUGUCGUUUAAAAAACAACUCUCGUGAUUAGUAUUAAGGUUCAAAUUUAUGUGACAGCUCAUUUAGAGAACAAUCGGCGUGGGCUUUUUGGAGAUAAAAAUCUCCGAAUGGGCUGUUUUAUGAAUUUGAACCAUUUAUGUAGAAUGGUAAAUUUGCUUGUUUCUGUAACUUAUGUAUGCUAUUAGCAUUAAACAGUGUAACAACAGCAUAAAGGAAACAAUACCCAUUAAUUAUGUAUCACACGAAUUUCGAGGUUUUUUGACCCCUCCCCCCUUCUUGUCACAUUUGGCAAACCCCUCCCCCUGGUGUGACGUCACAUUUUUUCAAUGAAGUAUUAUUAAUAUUUAUUCAAACUAUUUUUGACAAAAGAAAUAUUAGUACUUUUAUAACCCAAAACAGAUUAAAGAAAAUGAAAUGAUUAAAAACGAUUAUAAAUUAAAGUGACAUCAUAAAGUUUGUGACUCUCCCCUCCCCCCCUCCCCCCUCCCCCUUAGGGCCCGAGCCCGAAAAAAUCAUUUGAGAUAAUUCAUACUAUAUAUGUCAAUGAGCUGAGUCAUAUGGAACCCUUUUAUUCGAAUUGAGUGGUAUAUUUUUGUUGUUGUCCUUUUUCCCUAAACUACUUCUUAAGACCUCGUGUAAUGUUGUAUUUUACAUAAUAAAUUCAUUUUAUUUUUUAUUUAGAAAACAUAUUGUUUAGCUUGUAAAGACUUGUACAAUGAGGGCUAUCGUUUUUUUGCUCACCAGUUGGCGCCUCUGUUGAUGGUGGUCCAAAAGACUAAAGAACAGCUGUCAGUCAUUGAAGUGAUGGAAAAGACCACCAUCUACACUAGCGCCCCUAGCGGCGAAUUCUUACGCGUUAGCCCUCAUUAUGUUACAACCAUAAUUCAAUUAUUAAUUAUAAUUAUAAGCUGCAAUUAUUAGAAAAAGGUUAAACAAUUCUUGACAUGUCUUUUUAUUGAAAAACACUUGAUAAAUAAGUUACAGCAAAAUAUGUAACAAUUAUAUAGCAAUAACAUUUACAUUAUUUUGGUUUCAUAAAUAAUAGUUACAAUUUUUUUAAAGCGUUUUAAGAUUGUUUACCAAAUUUCUAAUGCUAAAGAAAACGAGGUAUAGUAAACUACCGAUAUAUUCGACGUUAUAAUUUUAACAUUUUAAUAUUAAUAAAAAAAAACGACUUGGACUCAUUUUAUCCGGAUUGGCGGGACACUACAAACGACAGGGUCGAGUGGAGGAAACGAGGGGAGGCCUUUGCCCAGCAGUGGGACACUAAACAAGGCUAGUAAAAAAAAAAAAAAAUUUUGUAAGCAUUAUCUUGCAUUUUAAUGGCAUUUCUACUCUUAUAACACGUUUAUUAUUUCUCGACUUCUAUAACUAGUUAAAAAUUAAUUACUUUUAAACUAAAUGGACAAAAUGCUCAAAAAUAUCUUGUCACGGUUGACACUUAGAGCCACCCAACACUAGCGUCUCCCAUACAUAGUAUAUACAAGUAGUUAUAGACAUGAAACCGAGCGACCAGGGGUAAGAGAAAGACAUAUUUCAUGUAUUGACAGUUUCAUGUAUAGCAGCAUAAUCCUUUUUCUCUUUCACUCUUAUAAAUUUCGGUAUUUCGCCAUCGCUUCCUUGCUAUGAUGCCAUAACCCGACCAUGAAAAAAAUGCCCGGUCGGUGAUAAAGACAAAGCAUGGCACUAUUUCCUCUUUCCUCUUAUAGGAAUCGCAAUAAGACUAUCUUUCUCUAUCAAAGAGUGUCAGACCCUUGGCGUCUAAUCAACUCUAUGGCUGCUCCUCGACGCAACCACAGAAUAAAUAGUAGUACUAGGGUACAGAAAGGACACUUCCUACAAAACCGAAGUUUGACAGCGGUUCAGGGUCGAAUCAUGCUGUCCCUUUCUAAUGUAAAAUUGUGAAUGUUGUGUUGUGUGUGUUGUGAAUUGUAAAAUUUGUAAUUUUAUGAAAAAAGGAAUAUGAAUAUAGCACUAUCCCUUUCGGCUAUUUAGGAUUGUCAAAUAUUUUAUCUGUGGUCGUGCACGCAAAGGGACGUCAAGUUGUGCCAACCCUAAUGAUUGCUCGGAGAAAUGCUGAGCCGAGCGGAGCCGAGAAUGCCCGAAAGGAGUGUUUCCCCCACUGACGCAACGUUAGUGCUACUGCGGCGACGCCAUUUUCCACAGCGCUGACUAGAUGCAGACGCUAGUGUGUGGUGGCCCUUACAGUACAUAUCUUGCGAUACGCUUUUCUUGCGCCCGUGUGUGAUAAGCUUUAUUUUUUGACAAUAUAACGAAACGUUUAAAAAGUAGACUUGUAUUCUCCAUACAAUUUCUUGCCUUAAAAAAAUUAUGUAAUAAAUAUACUGAAUACAUACUUCUAAGCUCCUUAAGAAGCGUAUGUAUACAGGGUGGCUAAAAAAUAAGUGCAUUCCCAUUGCCAGGGAGGUUUUGAGAUUAUACUGAGCAACUUUUGCUAUGGGCACAACCCUGAAAUCGCGAAAAAAUUUUUGGCUGUUUCAUACAUUUUGGCUGGUCCAUUUUCUAUGUGAGGGUAAAUUUUUUUUUCGCGAUUUCGUGGUUGGUCCCAUAGUAAAAGUUGCUCAGUAUAAUCCCAAAAACUCCCUGGCAACGGGAAUGCACUUAUAUUUUAGCCAUCCUAUACAGAAUUAUUUCGUUUAUUUAUCUCUGACCAAACUGUGUAGAUAUUUAUGCUUUUUUUUCUGAUAAAUGUAUUUGCUGACUAUAGACUGUACGCUGGUGGAUCACACUUUUGUUGUAUAAUAUACAUAAUAAAUAACUGUUGCCAUUAGUGUGAUAAUUUUAUAAUUAAAUAACCAAUUGUAAGUGACUUCCUUAGGACAAAAUAUGUGUCGUUUUCAAGCAAAAGGUGCCACAUUGUCGCUUGCCAUAAGGACCUUGCCAAGUUAAGUAAACCAUAGAGUAACUUAUACAUACUGUGCCUUUAACAGUUUUUUUGAAAAGUUUUCAGAAAUAAUAAUAUGACAUAGAUGCAUCAAGGCGGUUUGUUUACAGAGGACCUACCGGGAAACGCGAAUCCGAAAUUUCGCUAUCUGCCUCUUUAUCGCUCGAACGUGCAAGAGUGACAGAGAUGUUGGAUAACGAAAUUUCUAUUUUCUAGUUCCUAUCCUCAGAUUGUGGUAGUGGCGCACAAGGCAGAGUUUCGCGUAAUAUUCCCUGUUGAAAAACUUAUCUAGUGACCUAUGUAAUUACUUCGAACCCAUUCGUUACAAUAAAGUUGUAAUUGAAAGCAUUCUGUGACGUCACAACAAAUCGACCUUUUAAUAGAUUAUUGUUCAUUUUUUCUUUAUGCUAAGACAAUAAUAUUAUUAAUUACCUUAAACAAGCAAAUAUACUUAAGGAAGUCACAACUAUACUCUGAUUUGUAAUUAAAUUCCAAAAACUAACCUCACUUAGAUCCUUUUUCUUUCGUAAUAAUUUUUGACGACCGGUCUGGCCUAGUGGGUAGUGACCCUGCCUGUGAAGCCGAUGGUCCUGGGUUUGAAUCCCGGUAAGGGCAUUUAUUUGUGUGAUGAGCACAGAUAUUUGUUCCUGAGUCAUGGGUGUUUUCUAUGUAUUUAUAUAUUAUAUAUAUCGUUGUCUGAGUACCCAUAACACAAGCCUCCUUGGGCUUACCGUGGGACUUAGUCAAUCUGUGUAAGAAUGUCCUAUAAUAUUUAUUUAUUUAUAAUGGAAAAUAUGUAAAGAAGUAAGAAAUUUCCCUUUUACAUACUCUAGCAUUUAAAAUAAAUAAAGAUGUAUCCUUUUAGCUUUGUUUAGUUCCUUAAAACAUGCUUAAAGAGAAAAAGUGAGGUUAGAUUAUUGGAAUUUAAUUAUAAAUCAGAGUUUAAAUAAUAAGUGCACAAUAAUAACAAGCAAUAAUUUAGAGAUAAGCGCUAAAUGUGUUCUAUAGAGCCAAAUCACUAAGCCAUUAUAUCAAGUUGAAGGUAGUUUCAUAUUUUAUUAUAAGUCCAGCAUUUGUGUAAGGUUUUUGCUAAAUAAAUAUUAGAAAAUGUA